CACCGGAAGUUGAAUAAUCAGCUGAUCAUGGUGUUUUGGAUGGAAGUUGUUUUUGGCACGGAGGGGCUCUUUCUUUAUCAUCUUAAGCCAAUCUUAAACGUCAAAGACACCGGAAAAUAAAGCUGCAUGUAACAGUGCGGCGCCUCCAACAACCGAAACGUCCGAACGCGGAGAAAUCCGUGUCAUUAUGAACAGAUGGUGGUCAUAAGUGAUGAUCUGUUUGCUUGCUGUUGAAUCAUCGGAAAGAAAGAAAACAACGUCAGGCGAAGCUCGAACGAGUCACUGAUAGUCUGAUGUAUGUGUCUCGAGUCAUAUAGACCGGUCAUAAAAAGCUUAAAUGCAUGUAAUGUAACUGUUUGGACACGAAACGGCCUUCGUUCGCUGUAAUAAAUAGUAGCUUACGAGUUUUAUGUGAUUCAGGAGUAAGUCAAAGGUCAGAUCAAAGUAUUUUUUUUUUUACAACUGACAGCAGUUUUAUAAAUACUUUAAUUCCAUGUAUGUGAGAUAUAAGAUAAUUAACGCCUUGAAUUAAUUCAUGCUUAAGAAAGUUGAUAAAAGAGCAGCAACCUGUAACCAAUUGUUCCUUCCUGACAUCAGCUCGCUGUGACUGACAUACAGUUUACUUGUCUAAUUUAUUUAAGCUUAAGUCAUAUUGACCUUUUUAUUCGUGUGUAUCUGUUAUUCGUUUUAUAGUGUUAUUUAUAAGUAUGGUGACAGUGGAAUGCGUUGAUAGCUGGAUUGCAUCACUUGUGUUUUGACAUAUCUGACGUCAGGGUGUCGUGUGUCACUCAAACUGUGUUUAAAGUGUGUGGGAGCUUUUUAAACGUACUACUUCGUUAAAUUUGGACUCGUUGAUUUAACGGUGGAUUAUUCAAGAUUUUUUGAGAGGGAAGAUUCAGAUCUGGCACAGUCAGAGAUCCUCGUUGAUAUCCCCAAUUUCUCCCCGCCAAUGCUGGAUCUGGAGGUCGUUCCUGAGCGAUCUUUGGGAAAUGAACAAUGGGAAUUCGCAUUAGGGAUGCCAUUGGCCCAGGCCAUUUCCAUAUUACAGAAACACUGCAGAAUCAUAAAAAAUGUCCAGGUGCUCUACAGCGAACAAAUGCCACUCAGCCACGACCUCAUUCUCAACUUGACUCAGGAUGGAAUUAAACUGCUGUUUGACGCCUGCAAUCAGAGACUGAAAGUCAUUGAAGUGUACGAUUUGAGCAAAGUGAAACUGAAAUACUGUGGAGUACAUUUUAACUCUCAGGCAAUAGCACCUACUAUUGAGCAGAUUGAUCAGUCCUUUGGCGCUACUCAUCCAGGAGUCUACAAUGCUGCCGAGCAGCUCUUCCACCUGAACUUCCGAGGGCUUUCCUUCUCCUUUCAGCUGGACUCCUGGAGUGAAGCUCCUAAAUAUGAGCCUAACUUUGCCCAUGGCUUGGCCUCCCUGCAGAUUCCCCAUGGGGCCACUGUCAAACGGAUGUACAUUUACUCCGGAAACAACCUUCAAGAAACCAAGGCUCCGGUGAUGCCUCAGGCCUGUUUCCUUGGUAAUGUGUAUGCAGAGAGUGUGGAGGUGCUGAGGGAUGGGGCGGGACCCAUGGGUCUCAAAUUUCGUCUCCUCACCGCAGGAUGUGGCCCGGGAGUGUUGGCUGAUACGAAAGUGCGGGCUGUUGAGAGAAACAUCUACUUUGGAGAUUCUUGUCAGGAUGUUUUGAGUGCUCUUGGCUCCCCACAUAAGGUCUUCUACAAGUCAGAGGACAAGAUGAAGAUCCAUUCACCCUCCCCUCACAAGCAAGUCCCGUCCAAAUGUAAUGACUACUUCUUUAAUUAUUAUAUUCUAGGAGUGGAUAUACUGUUUGACUCUUCAACCCACCUGGUCAAAAAAUUUGUCCUUCACACCAACUUCCCUGGUCAUUACAAUUUUAACAUAUAUCAUCGGUGUGAUUUCAAAAUUCCUCUUGUCAUUAAAAAAGAUGGGGCAGACGCUCAGAGUGAGGACUGCAUUCUGACCACUUACAGCAAAUGGGAUCAGAUUCAGGAGCUGCUAGGACACCCCAUGGAAAAACCAGUUGUGCUACACAGGUCAUCCUCUGCAAACAACACCAACCCUUUUGGUUCCACAUUUUGUUUUGGACUGCAGAGAAUGAUAUUUGAGGUCAUGCAGAAUAACCACAUAGCUUCUGUGACUCUCUACGGAGCGCCUCGUCCAAGUAGCCUGGCCCGUGCCGAGCCCAGUGGCCACUGAGGAAUCCGCCAUGCCCACGGUGCCCGUCCAGCCCUGCAGAGCCUCUGAACUGACCAGUAGAGUGUGCCUUCACUCACUGCUGCCAUCACACAAGCUAAAGCAAGACAUGCUGGGAGUUUCUCUGGAGUUAAACUCUUCCCCCCUCAAUUCGGUCUCCUCAAUAAUAGCAUGGAGGCUGCCCUCAGCCUGCUAAUAAUCUCAGAUAACCAUGCAAACCUGGCUCUGCCCCCAAAGCUUUAACCCAGACAUGCAUCAACGUCAGCAUCGUUAUAGUACUUGUGGAUGCACAGUGAUUCAUUUCCACACAAGCAUAUGUGAUUUUUUUUUGCCCAACCUUCUAAAUUUCCAUACCAGACGCACCAAAGGGCGAACAUUGAACCGAUUUCUCCUCUGCACGCUAAACACUUUAACAAAAACACACACGCAUUCAAGUUCUUUUGCUUUCCUAUGCGCAGAGGAUGAGAACAAAGUCAAAUGAGGACAAACUUUUGCCGCGUAAAUUCAACGAGUGUGUUUUGUAUGCAUUGACGUAAGGUUACAAGCACAAGCUUGCACAGUGUGGAUCCAGUGCUGUGAAAAUGUUCUUGUGGCACAUGAGCAGGCUCACAUACACGCAUAACGAUUCAGAAACCCAUUUCAUACCAAGUCAGCAGCACAGAUUACCUCCCAUUUCAAUACCCUACACCCGCUUAUGUUGAUUCCGUUAUUGUUUUGUUGUUCAUGAGCUCAUUAGUUUUGAACAUUUGCACUAAAAUACACCUAAUUUACUUGAUAAUUGUCUCCUGUCCACUGAGGAACGUUUUAAUUGCGAGUCUCGGAGAGAAAGAACGGCGGGGGAGGGAACGACGAUGUGCAAUUGGAUUUCAAAGCUAGCUGCAACCCAGACCGGAGAGAAAAGCCACCCACCCAUCGCCGUUUCUUUUUCCCACCGGAUGUCAUGCCGUCAAUUCUGUUUGCGUCCUUUUAUUUUGUUCCAAGUUGAAAGAUGUGAAGUUCUUUUCCCUUGUUCAGUAUCUUAAAGUCUUAACUGCAGAACUGUUUUGUCACCUGAUUGCCAAAUCAUUAGCCAAAGAAGAAACAACAGUUAGCUCUUUGACAUUUUUAAUACCCACAGUGUAAGAACAUUCCCUUUUGAUUUGAUCUAUUAAGUCCCUGAAUUGUUUUUAGCAUAGCAACUCCCAUCAAUUUUUAAUGCUUCUUUAUUUGAAGCUUUCUCUCUUCAGAUUUGUUGCUGUUGUUUCCAUAGCAAGUAGAUGUGAUGUUUUCCAAGCACGGUGUGUCCAUGUCUGUACAGAUCUGUAAAUAGCGUGCAGAAUUUUCAUUGUUUUGUUGCCCUAACGGUACCGUAUCAGAUCAGCUGAUGUUUGGAACUCCCCAGACUGCUAACAUUCGGAGAGUUUCUGGCUUCCUUUGCCAGCUCUUGAGGGACAAUAUAGCAGCUUCCCUCGAGUGUUGUCCUA